GUGAAAGAGGAAUUGGAAAAGGCAUGCAGCAAGUCAAGAAGCAGUGGCUGAGUGGUGACCUGACUGUCAAUCAAAUGAAGAUUCUGAUUUGGAAUCUUACCAGGAAAGGCAGUUUGGAGCCAAAUCAACUGCUGGCUGAAUUCUGACUGAUUGCUGGUGGCCUUUGAAUAAGGGAAGGAAGAAGCUGGGUUUAUCUCUGGGACUUGAGAUAAUCAAACUGGAGGUGGCCUGGUGACUUUGAAGGCAGAAGAAGAAGGACAAUAGUCCAUUUAUCUCUCUGACUUGCUCUGUUGGUGAUAGUGACUGAAAUACUAGACCUAUCAACCAUUUCUCUCAAUAUCCUCCAAUCUAAGGCUAACUAUAGAAUUAGGGAAACCCCCAACCCUCUUACCUCCAUCCUCCUUCUAUUCCUCCUUUCCUCCCUCUUCCAGCCUCCCUUCCUCACCUCUUAUUCCCUUUAGCUUCCCCUUCCCCUGUUCUUCUUCUGGUUUCUAAAUCAGUCAGGGUAAGUUAAUGAUGUUCCAAAUGAAAAUACACUCUAUCUUCUUUUAUCUUAAGUAUGGGUUUAUUUAGGGAAGACAGGAAAAGAUGAAGUAUUCAGAAGAAGGGGGAGGUCAACAGUGUUAAAUGUUGCAAAGAGGUCAAAAAGGAUUGGGUCUAAGACAAGGUCAUUGGAUUUCCCAAUUAAUAGAUCACUGGGAACUUUGAAGAGAGAAGUUUCAAUUGAGUGAUAAGGUUGAAAGCUAGAUUGCUAAUGUUGAAAAGUGAGAGGAAUGGAAGUGGAGGAAAUUAGUGGCUCUGAAAGAGAGGUGAAAUCUAGAAUCAGAGACUAAGGGUAUGGUGGAGACAAAUGAAAAUUUUUAGGGAUGAGGGAUACCUCCCUAUAUUUGUAGGCAGGUGGAAGGAGUCAAUAGAGAGGGGCAGAUUAAGCCAAAAAAUGGUAGGAGGAAUGGGUUCGUGAUCACUGAGGUUUUUUCUAAUUCUGAAAUUCUGUGGGUUUGAGUCUCAACCCCAUUACUUAAAAUCAGACCCAGACUCUCUGAGUCUGAGAUUCCUUACCCAUAAAAAUAAGUUUAGUCUAAAUUAUUUUUGGACCAUUCUCUCUGUAUCUAAGUUUUUAUCUUUCUAAAUUUAAGGUUACUAAUGACUGAAAAUUAAAAAAAAUAGCACUUAAGUGCUUCAAGAUUUCUGACAUACUUUACAUAUGAUAACUCAGUCUGAUUCUCACAACAUUCCAGUGAAGUGCUAUUAUCCCCAUUUAAUAGAUGCAGGAACUGAAACACCAGGAGGUUAAGUGACUUGCAAAGGUUCAAUCAGUUCAUAGGUAUCUAAGGCAAGAUUUAAACUCAGGGCCUCUUGAUGCCAAGACCAUGCCACAUAGUAGCCACUAAACUUUAUUGCUGAAAAGGACCAUCAUUAUUUUUUUUCAUAUAGUUAGAAUUCUGGGCCUGUAGUCAGAACACCUGAGUUCAAAGUUGAUGCUUAUUGGCUGGGUGACCUUGGGGUAGUCAUUUAAAUGGUUAAAUUGACUAAUACAAUCACAUGUCUAGUUUGGUGGUCAAAUUUGAUCACCACUUCCAAGCUCCUAUCAUUAAAGCAGAAGUUUGUAAUGUAUGUGUGAUGGAAACUUCUGACAGUCUGGUAAAGUCUAGGGACUGAAGAUAAAGUAUAUAAGAUUACAAAAGAGUAAUGAGAGGGAGAGAGGGGAAGGGAGAGAGAAGAGGAAAGGGGGAGAGUAACAUUUUAAAGUUUGUGGACCUCCGGUUAAAAUCUCAGCAAAUCAAAAGUUUCUAAACUUGGGGCAGCUAGAUGGCUCAGUGGAUAGAGAGCCAAGCUUGGAGAUCAGAGGUCCCCAAAUCUGACUUCAGCUACUUCUUAGCUGUGUGACUCUGGGCAACUCAUUUAACCCCCAUUGCCUUCCUUACCACUCUUCUACCUUAGAACCAGUACCUAAUAUUGAUUGUAGGUCAGAAGGCAAGAGUUUUUUUUUAAAGUUCCUAAAUUGUAGGUGAAACAUUUCCAAUAGACAUCAGAGUUGAUAUUAAUACAAUUAUUAAUAUGAUAUAAUUAUAAUACAACUAUUGUUACUAUAAUUAAAAUAAACAAAGGGGCUGGGAAUCCAUAUAUGAACCAAGUAAUGUAACUGAAAUCUUUACUUAGUUUGCGCAAAAUAGACACAUAUUUGCUUAUAUGGGUAUUGGUGUAUAAGUAUCUUGUAUAUUUCUGUAUCACUAUUUUCGCAAGUAUGUAGAGACUGUGAUAAAUAAUGUUUAUUUAAAAGUAUUUGUGAAGUUAGAAUCACUUUAUAUCAUACAUUUUAUUAAUCAAUGGAUACUAAAAAGCAUCUCCUAUGUAGAGGUUAACAAAAUGUUUUCAUGUUAAAAAAAAAAAGGUCUUCAUUCUCAAAGGCUAGGAAGCUGCUACAUUCUUACACUCUGCUUUAGAUCAAAGACUAGCAUUAUUCUAAAGGAAAGCCAAAUCCGAUAUUAAAGAGAAACAAAAACAAUCUCACUGAAUAUAAGUUAUUGUGUUGGGAAAUUCUGCUUGAUCUAAAUAUGCGUUCCUGAUGGCAAGAUUCCAAUGUCUAAAACCACCAGAUAAAAAUAGUUCACUUUCAUAUCAAUUUUCUCACAAUAUCUUUGAGAUAAAGUGCAUACACAAUACAUAUAUACACAGGUGUGUAUAUUAUAUACAUAGCUAUAUGUGUAUAUGUUUCAUAAAUAUACUAUGUUAUAUUUAGAUAUAUGUUAUAUUUAGACUAGACACAAUUUUAUAGGCAAAGGGAACAUCUGGUGAGGAACUCUACCAAUGCAUGCUCUUAUAAAGGUGGGGCUUGGACCCAGACCAGCUCUUUAUCUCCUAAGCCAGGUUGGAGCACAGUUGGCAGUAUUAAUUAAUAGUUCCACUCCACAGAUGAAGAAACUAAGGUUCAGGUGGAUACAUUUUCUUUCCCAGAGUCAUACAUCUGACAUUUGAGGAGUGACUUCAAUUCUUAAGACUUCUGGCUCAUUGUUAGUACUCUGUACCAUUAUACCAGGAUGAUGAAAAUUAUAUACCUUCCUUUCACCAUUUCUACAUUUACUAUUCCUAUACUUUCCUUGGUGCAACUUCUAUACACAAAACAUAUUUGAAGAUACCUGUACUCUACACAGGUUUUAUUAUUACUGCUAGAUGGAACACCAAAACACACUUCCUAUUUCUGGGCUAAAUAAAGAGAAAUGGCCCUAGAAAAUGACUCUCUGUCUUCCCCUUAUUCAUAUUUUAUAGAAUUGUAUAGUCAUUCAUUCUUUGAAAGAUUCUUAAUCUUUGCAUGGCAUCCCACUUGUCCAAGACUAUCAUGGACCCUCUUUCAUUUUCUCUUUUCUCUCAUGAUGAUCUAUCUCAUCAGCUUCUGAGGCUUCAAUUACUAUCCAUGCAGAUGAUUCAGAGACCUAUUUAUCUUUCCCUGGUCUGUCUUUUGAGUUAUGAUCCUGCAAGACCACUUCUAAUGUCCUGUCUAUCAAACUCAACUUGGAGUAUGAAGGACCUGGAUUCAAAUUUGACCUCAGACACUUUGUGACCCUGGACAAGUCACUUAAUCCCAAUUGCCUUCUGGCUUAAAAUUGAUACUAAUACAGAAAUAAAAGGUUAAAAAAAAAGUAAACUUAUUGAAGGCAGGGAUUGUUUCUGUGUCCCUAGUCCUUAACCCAGCCCUUGCACACAGUAAUCAAUUAAUCCAUGUUUAUUGCUUGAUUGAUUCACUUGGCAAUCCUUACUGUACUAGAGAACUGAAGGGACAGAGCAGUGCUUCCAUUCUCCUUCAGUUCAAUUUCAGCUACAAGUCAAAAUUGUGUGUGUGUGUGUGUGUGUGUGUGUGUGUGUGUGUGUGUGUGUGUGUGAUUAUCUGCAGGAAAACUAAACUCUCUCAGAGAGAGGGACCCUAGCUGCCUCCUCAGUGGGGAGACGGUGUUAUCAGGCUUGUAUACAUUUGGGGAAGCUCCAGAUGCUAUAUAUCUCUCUAAAUCAACACCUUAGCAAUCUUGUAGCUGAUCUUGCAAUGAAUGAAUAACAAGGGCUCACCAACAGACUCUCCUUUGCCAUUCCUGGUGGUGGAGUAAGUGGGGGCCGCUCAGCAAGAAACUCACACAUUGCUGAGUAGUAGCGCGGCAUAAUAAACCGUGGUUUACACCCAUGUGUUUCACAGACUUCUCGGGUUUUCUUGGAGGCUUUUCCUAGGAGGACCGCCCUGCCCUCCCCCCACCCUCCUUUAUAAUAAUCCUCGCACCAGCUGUGCUGCUAUUCCUUUGACUCCAUCUGUCCUUCCGCUGGGGACAAGUCUAUCUCACCAAAUGCGGAACACAAGUUUGGCUACCCGAAAUGAUUAGAGCCUCUAACCCCCGCCCCUUUUCCGGAGCCAAGCGCCCUGUCUUUUUCUGGGGAGAAGGCUGCUCCUCUCGCUUCUAAAUCACCUCCUUACACGCGAGGCUUCCUGCCCCGGCUCUAACCCCUAACCACUGUCCAAUUCUCUCGGUUGUCCCCGGGCAGCCUUCUCUCUCUUUCCUUCCCAUGUCCAAUCCCUAGCACUUCGCCUCUAGCAGGGGUCUUGCUGCCAGCAGAGGCGGGGGAAUCGUGCCCUGCGGCAGUGGCGCGGCUCUCCGGGUAGGAGUUUGCCCUUGUCUGAGCGAAGUCACAUGGUGAGGAGGGGUAGUCGGCAGAGGAGGGGGCGCGGCGCUCUCCGCUCUCCUUGCUGCGGAGGAGAGACGCAGCUCUGAGAGCAGAAGCAGCAGAAGCGGCCGCAGCCACAACCACGGCUAGGGAGCUGUCCCUCCCCGCCCAUCAAGCCUUCGCUCACACACUUGUUAUUCACCGCACCAACUUUCUCCCUCCCUCUCUCCUCCUCUUUCUCCUCCUCCUCUCCCUCCCCGCGUGUGCGCGCGGCUAAAAUGAUUUCCUCCUUUUCUGGCAAAAGAAAUAAUGCACCUGACUUUACCAGGGGGAAACGACCAGCCGAGCAGAACAAGGAACAGAUGUAAAAGGAAUAACGGCAGAGGGAGAAACCGAGAUGAGACCGAUCUAAGAAAAUUUACGGAAUGAAGCUGGAGAGGCGGGCAUCGGCAGCAGCAAGAGCAGCUUUCUAGUCUUACAUCUCUGAUCUAGGCAGAGGAGGACUUUGCCAGUUGCAAAGUGCAACCCUAAGAACUCAGAACUGCUGUUUGUCUGUUUGCUAAACAAACUCUUUCUUCUUUGGCUGAGACACCGGAUCCUGAAGGAGGCUCCCUGUAGACGCACUUGGCUUUUCCUGCAGCCACAAAGACAAACAGCGGUUUUCCAAAGAGCGGAUGAACUGAGGUGAGCAGAGGGGGGAAAAUGAACCCCCCUGGGAGAAGGAGGUGCAAGGCGCUGCUGCAGCAGCGGGAAAUUCUGGCUGGGCAAUGCCUGAUGUUCCCCAGGAGAAGGGAGACGUGCAGAGGAUUGCAAUGGGAUGCUCUGGAUGGGGAGCAGCUCCUACUCCCUGCCGAGAGAAGACGCCAGAAGCGGAGACGCGGCAGCAGCGGCUGCAGCGGUGCACAGCUGUGCACUCUGGCUGCAGGGCAGCGCUACCUGCUGGGACUGUUCCUCCACAUGUGGCUGUGGACCGCCUCCGGCUCGUCCGCUCAGGUGUACAACCUCAGUCUAACGGUGGACGAAGGGCUCCCCCCGGAUACUCUGGUUGGGGAUAUUCUCGCCGGGCUGCCCGGUGAACAGCAAGGGGUGGGAGAUGGUUUCUUCCUGUCUGAGGACUCGGGCGACUCCCCGCUGCUGGACGACUUCCAUAUAGAUACCGACACGGGCAUCAUCCGUACUGCGCGGAGCCUGGACCGGGAGCGGCGGGACCGCUAUAGCUUCGUGGCGGCCACGCUGCUGGGCGCUGUGGUGCAGGUGGAAAUUGCCGUGAACGACGUGAACGACCACUCGCCACGCUUUCCAAGUGAUUCCCUGCAGCUGGACAUCUCUGAGCUCAGCCCACCAGGCACAGCUUUCCGCCUGCCAGGCGCCCGGGACCCAGACGCGGGGUUGUUUAGCACCCAGGGUUACACCUUGCUGCAGAUUCCCGAACUCACGCAGAACGUAGAGGGACCCUACUUCCAGCUGCGCUACGGUGGCCCGGGGCAGCAGUCUUCCUCGUCAGGCUCCUCUUCACCGCUGGAACCUCUGGACUUAGUGCUGGUGCGGCGUCUGGAUCGCGAGGAGGCCGCAGCUCAUGAGCUAAUGAUCGAGGCAUGGGACGGGGGCAGCCCUCGGCGCACUGGCCGCCUGCAAGUGGAGGUUCGCGUACUGGACGAGAACGACAAUCCACCAGUUUUUAACCAGAGCGAGUACCGGACCUCCGUGCGCGAGGACGCCCCGCCGGGUACCGCCGUCUGCAGGGUGCAUGCCACAGAUCUCGACUUGGGGUCAAAUGGCCAAGUGCGCUACAGCCUCCGCGCCCGACAGCCUUCCACGGGCGGGUUGGACAGUGAGGGGGCCUUCUUCUCCGUGGAGGAGCUGAGUGGCGUGGUGCGGGUGCGCCGGCCGCUGGACCGAGAGGCCCAGGCCCGAUACCGGCUGGUUGUGGAAGCCCUGGAUGGAGGCGCAGAACCGGAGGCAGCCAGCGCCCUGGUGUCCAUUGAAGUGCUAGACGUGAACGACAACCGACCUGCCAUCCACUUGCUCUUUCUAACCGAAGGAGGCGUUGCCCAGGUGUCAGAGGGUGCCAGGCGCGGGGAUUACGUGGCCCGCGUCUCAGUGUCCGACCUCGAUAGGGAUCCGGAGGAAGAGGCUACCGAGGUCGGAGUGGGUAGCGAAGCGGGUAGCGCGGGAAUCACGCUAUCUUUGGAAGGCGGUCUGGGCUCCUUCGCACUGCGUCCAGGAGGCCCUCGGGACGUGUUCUUCCUCUGCGUGGAGGGACCCCUGGACCGGGAGAGCCGCAGCCUGUACGAGUUGCUACUAGUGGCCACGGACUCAGGAUCUCCGCCCCUUAGCACCCAGGAGAUCCUCUUGCUUCGGGUCACCGACGUCAACGAUCAGGCACCCCAUUUCAGCCAGGAGCGCUAUUAUGCCUCGGUGUCUGAGGCCGCGGCUCCUGGCACUGCAGUGCUCCGUCUCAGCGCUUCUGAUGGAGAUGAGCCAGGCACUGACCAUGCCAGGGUGCGCUAUGCCCUAGCCCAGGUCCAGCCCUCCAAUGGUUGCAUCCCCGAAGAAGCAGUUUCUGGAGCAAGGUGCCCUCCUCUGGCCUUUGCUGUGGACCCAGAGAGCGGGGUGAUAAGCACUAUUGGGACCUUGGACCGAGAGGUCCAGGAGGCUGUGGAGCUGCAAAUAGAAGCCCGGGAUCUCGGCCAUCCUCCGCUCUCCUCCACCUGCUGGCUCAGCCUCACUAUAGAAGAUGUAAAUGACAAUGAGCCAGUUUUCCAGCGACAGGUGUACAACGCCAGCGUCGCUGAACAUGCUCCUUCUGGGCAUUGCUUUCUGCAGGUCAAAGCAUCAGAUGCGGACACAGGACGAUACGGCCAUAUUGAAUACCUUCUUUAUGAUGGAUUCCACAGCUCUGAACAAUCUCAAGCAUUCCAGAUUGACCCACAUACUGGCCACAUCUGUGUGUCUCAAGAUAUCGACAGGGAGCGAGAUCCAGUCACCUAUGAUUUGUUGGUGAAAGCUCAGGACGGGGGUGGACUAAGUGCCCAAGCUUUUGUUCGAGUGGAGCUGAAGGAUGUGAAUGAUAAUCAACCUGUUUUUAACCCAGCCUCCUACGUGACGAGCAUCAGUGGGCACACACAGCCAGGCACGGAGAUUCUCAAUGUCGUUGCUACUGACAGGGAUGCUGGAAUAUAUGGAGUAGUGGCUUAUGAGCUCAUUCCAGGAGACUUCUCCUCCCUCUUCACAGUUGAUGCUGCCACAGGAAUUAUUUAUUUAAUAUCAACUCUUAGUCAUUUGGAGUCUACUAUCGUGUUUUUGACUAUCUCUGCCCGAGACGGUGGUGGCCUAACAUCUAUGACUAAUGCAGAUGUCACCAUCCACAUCCUCCAGACUGCUCUGGCACCUGCCAUUUUUGAAAGAUCCAAAUAUGUUUUCUCUAUUCACGAAGACAUGCCUGAAGACAGCCCUGUUGGAACUGUGAAAGCAAGAGAACCUUCAAAUUCCUUGGAGACAGUAUCUUAUAGAAUUUCUUCGGGGGAUCCCUAUGGGAGUUUCACUAUAGACCCGAAGUUUGGUGUCAUCCGUACUCGGAAGCAGCUGGAUCAUGAAACCCAAUCCAGAGUUAUCCUCACUAUCCAGUCGCAAUUGGGUAGCUCUCCUGUCUAUAGUAGCACCCAAGUCAACAUCACUGUGAUUGAUGUCAAUGAUAACCCUCCCAUUUUUCAUGCGGCUUCUGAUGAGGUGAGGUUAUUACAAAGUACGCUGCCUGGCACAGCCUUAUAUAUUGCUCAUGCAGAAGACAAAGACAGUGACCAGAAUGGCUAUGUCCAAUAUACCAUUGAAAACCAGAGGUCAAGCAUCUUCUCCAUUGAUUCAGAUACUGGUGUCAUCUAUCUCAGUGGGACCCUUGGGCAAGAAAUGCAGCAGAGUUGGACUCUGUACAUCCGGGCUAAGGACCGAGGAGUUCCCCAUUUAACAUCUCUGUUCAUGUUGACAGUGACUAUUGAAAAACCAGAUUUGAAGCCUCCUUUGGCUUUUGAACAUUUAGUCUAUCAGACAGAAACAAGUGAAUUUCUUCUACCAAGAACCCAGAUACUUCAAGUUCAAGCCUUUUCACUGGAGCCACAUCAUAAAACAUCCCAUAUUGUAUACUCACUGGAGCCCAGCACAGACUCUGUUGCAUUUGGCAUUGAUGCUUCUACAGGAUGGAUUUAUUUGAGGAGGCAAUUGAACUAUGAAGCAAUCCAAACGUACCAUUUCAAAGCAUUUGCCUGGAGCCUGGAGGACAGGUUGAGGCAAAAUGUGAGUGCGACCAUCACAGUUCACGUUCUGGAUGAAAAUGACAAUUGUCCAACCUUUUUGUAUGAUGUCCUUUUUUUGCAAGUGGAGGAAAACCCUAUACCCCAAGGGGUAAUAGGGACAGUUGUAGCAACUGACAGAGACUCUGGAAAAAAUGGACAGUUGUCAUAUUCCCUUUUGUCUGAUGGGAAAUUCUUCAAGAUGAACCCCAACACAGGUGAAAUUAUAAACUGGAUUGCGUUGGACCGGGAGCACCAAGUACAUCACCAGUUGAUUGUAUUAGUGACUGACCAUGGGUCCCCUCCCCAAAAUGCCACUAUGAUCACUUACAUCUCAGUGACAGACCUCAAUGAUAAUAAACCUUAUUUUCCCCAGUUUCUUCCUGGAAAAGAGCUCAAAAUUAAGGUCCUGGAAGGUCAGACUGCAGAUAUGUUGGUUACCACUGUAUUUGCAAAGGAUCUCGAUUCAGGAAACAAUGGAGAAGUUUUAUAUUCAUUAUCUUCAGAAGAGAGUUCAGAGCACUUUAAGAUUGAUGCCAACAGUGGCGAAAUAAGAACAACGAGCCCACUCUCAUAUAACCAUAGGCCACAUUAUAGAAUGGUUGUAGUGGCAAGUGACCAAGGAAUGCCUCCUCUUCAAGGACAAGCAGUCAUUCACAUUCAGGUGAUCCCACUCUCCAAAGAGAGGUCUUCAGUUUCUGGUUAUAUUCAUCAUUUGGUCAUUCCAGAAAACUUUAAGCCUGCAAAAGUAAUGAGCUUGAUAAAGUCCCCUGAUUAUCUUCAACAGCAUAAUGGAGUACUGCAGUUAAAUAUAGUUGAAGAAGAUAAAGAUAUUCAUUUUGAGGUUGAGAGCUCAACAGGGGAUUUGUUUCUCUCCAGGGAACUUGACUACGAAAUGACCUCUCACUAUCUUCUCAGGGUGAUGACAAGAGAUAACAGCAAAACUCCUCCCUUGAACAGCACCAUUUUUCUUAGUAUUGAUGUGGAAGACCAGAACGACCAUUCUCCUUCUUUCCAGGAGGAUUUCAUAGUGAUCAGCAUAGAGGAGAAUGUUUCUAUCGGAACACUGGUCUAUACAUUUAAUGCCAAAGAUGGAGAUGGCAGUUUUCUAAAUAGCAAAGUGCAAUAUUUCAUUGAAACUAACAGUCCUAGUGAAAAUCCCUUCCUCAUCCACCCCUCAUAUGGCACAUUGGUCACUGCAUCUCCAUUGGAUAGGGAGGUUGUUCAGUCUCUUGUUUUGACAGUGACGGCAUCAGACCAGGCUGUGAAUGUAACGGACCGGAGAUUGAGAACUAUGACAGCAAAGGUGGUCAUUUUAGAUGUCAAUGACCACAGUCCCAGUUUUGUGUCGUCUGCUAUUACCUACAUCUCGGAAGAUGAAGAAAUAGGUUCUCUUGUGCAUCACAUUGUUGCUAAAGACCCAGAUGAAGGGAGGAAUGGAAGAAUCACAUAUCACAUUCUUUCAGGAAAUGAAAAUAACACCUUUAUGUUGGAUGAGAUAUCAGGCUUGUUAACAACUAUUAGUCCUUUGGACUAUGAAACCCAAACCUUUCAUGUACUGACCCUCCUGUCACUGGAUGAUGGCCUGCCAGCACUCUCCACAACUCAGACCUUGACAAUUUAUGUCCUGGACAUAAACGAUGAGGCACCAGUAUUUAAGCAGCACCUCUAUGAAGCUACCAUUGCUGAAAACCAAGGUCCAGGGCAAUACGUUACAAAGGUAGAAGCUGUAGACCGAGAUUCAGGAAUCAACUCCCAACUACAAUUUGAAAUCAUGCCAACUGCCAAAUCUGGGCUUUUCAAGAUCAAUUCAAGCAGUGGAGAGGUAAUAACUGCAGCAACACUGGACAGAGAGACUCAGGAGAUCUUCACCCUUAGAGUACUGGUGAAAGACCAAGGAGUCCCUCCGUUAUCCAGCACCACUACUGUUCUCUGCAGGGUGAGAGAUGAAAAUGACCAUGCUCCCAAGUUUAUUAUCCCCAGUCCUGAAGUCCAGGUUUUAGAGAACCAAGAACCAGAGGUCAUCUAUACUGUUUUGGCUGUGGACAUGGAUACCGGCAAUAAUGGAGCUGUGCAGUAUCAUAUAAUUGGAGGAAAUACUGAGCAACAUUUCACCAUUAAUGAAACUUCAGGAGAACUCUCGACGACUUGUAGCCUAGACAGGGAGCACAUUAGCAAUUACACCCUCAUUAUUGAGUGCUAUGAUCUGGGUAAUCCGAGUAGAAGCUCCAUGGGUGAGAUAAAAGUGACUGUCUUGGAUGAGAAUGACCAUGACCCUACCUUCCCAACAGCCCCCUACCACACCUGGGUGAAAGAAGACCUUGAAAUGGGGUCAGUGAUCUUAGAGCUCUCUGCAGUGGAUGAAGACAUUGGCCUGAAUGGGCAGGUGGAGUACUCUCUAACUGGUGACGUUCUGGGUAUCUUUACCAUUGACAGAAUGGCAGGCACACUGAAACUUGCCCAAAGCCUUGAUCGGGAGACCAGGUCCCAGUAUGUGUUUAGGGUUGUGGCCAGUGACCGGAGUGUCCAAAGUCCAAGGAGAACCACUGUUGAUGUGACUGUGAAUAUAGAUGAUGUCAAUGACAACAAUCCUGUCUUUGGACAGAAUCCUUUGGAUGUUUUUGUCUCUUCACAAAUGCCUGUGAACCAGACCAUUGCCACAGUGGUUGGCUAUGACUCAGACCUGGGGCUCAAUGGAGCUGUGGUUUUUAGUUUUGCUGAGACCCAGUCCAUGUUCCAUAUUGAUGAACGUUCAGGAGAGGUUCGUCUUCAAAAGCACCUGUCAUCAGAACAUUUCCCUGUCUGUCUACAAGUAAAGGCUAUGGAUCAGGGGAUCCCCCCCAGGGAAGCCAUUGGUCUUUUGGUCAUCCAUAUGCAGGAGAAAGAUGUAAGAUUUUCCUUUAGUCAUCAGUUAUAUACAUCAAUUAUACCUGAAAACUGUGGAGCUGAUACUUCCAUUAUGACUGUCAAAGCCUUCAUGCCAGAGACCAGUGGGAAAAGCAUAAAAUACUGGAUUUUUAGUGGAAAUGAAAAUGGAGUAUUCUCCUUAAACUCUACAACAGGUGAGCUCACUGUGAAGGAGCCCAUGUUUCUUGAUUUUGAGAUCAAAAACGAAAUUAAUCUCAUUGUUUUGGCUGAAAGUAGCUGGCAUACAACCUACUGCAAAGUGGCAGUCUUAAUACAAGAUGUGAAUGAUAAUGUACCAGUUUUUCAGCCAAGCAUUUACCAAGCAUCAGUGGCAGAAGGGCAGCCCUUCAAUACAGAGAUCAUACAGGUUUUUGCUGCUGACCUUGACAGUGACUUGAAUGGGCAAAUUGAGUAUUCAAUCCUCUCUGGCAACCAGGAUGAAGCUUUUCAGAUUGAUGCAGUGAGUGGUGUAAUAGCAACAAAUACAAUUCUGGACUAUGAACUUACCAGUUCCUACAGCUUAGUUGUACAAGCUGCCGAUAAAGGGAUAUCCAGUCUUUCUUCUAUAGCUGUGGUCAAGAUCCAAGUGGUAGACCUCAAUGAUAAUAUCCCAGUCUUCCUCCCCUCUGAACGUGUAGAAGUUCCAGAAAGUGUUCCACUUGGUUCUGUCAUCACUCGAGUGGCUGCUCGUGACAGAGAUUCAAGCCCUGCUCUUGUCUUCAGUUUCUCCAAUGGUGGUAAUCCUGGAGCCAGAUUUGCUAUUGACCACAACACUGGAGCAGUGAUGUUGGUGAAGCCAUUGGAUUAUGAAGGAAGACAUGAAUAUAAGCUACUGGUUGAAGUUUCAGACUCUGUGCAUCACACAGAAAAAAUGCUCAUGGUCUAUGUCAUGGAUGUCAAUGACAAUCCCCCGCUCUUUUCCCAAGAUUUCUAUCAGGUCACAUUGCCUGAAAUAACACCUAUAGGAUCUCUCAUCUUGACUGUGUUAGCCACAGAUCAGGAUACAGGAAAUAAUGGGGAGAUAUCCUACAAAAUCCUUUCUACUGGUGAAGGAUUUUCAAUUGAUCCCCAGAAUGGCUCAAUAUUUACUGUCAAACCUGUCCUGCUUCUGAACAAAACAUCAACAAUUCAGCUUCUUGUGGAAGCCAAAGAUGGUGGAAUCCCUGGUUUGACAGCCCUUACUUUGGUGGAAAUAGAAAUUCAAGAUGUAAAUAACCAUGCCCCACAGUUUACCAUGGAUCACUACAACAUCACUGUGAGUGAAGAUGCUGUCAUUGGGACCACCCUGCUCACAUUUUCAGCUGUUGACCAUGACUGGACUAAUGAAAACAUACAUAUUGAGUAUUCAAUCAUCAGCAGUAAUUUGCAAAACAUUUUCCUUGUGGAAACUCAUGUGAUUCCCUCAGGAUCCCCUUAUAAGCGAGUUGGUCAUCUUGUGCUGAGUCACCCUUUAGAUAGAGAAACUAUGCCUUGUCAUGAACUCAUCAUUCUAGCUUCUGAUCAUGGUCAUGCCCCUCUGAAUUCUACAGCCACCAUAUUAAUAGAUGUACUUGAUGCCAAUGAUAAUCCACCAAUAUUCAGCUCUCUGGAAUACCAUGCCCAUGUCAAGGAAAGCCUACCUGUUGGUAGUCAAAUUGUUGUGGUCUCAGCAAAAGACCAAGACAUUGGAGCCAAUUCCGAAGUUGUCUACACCAUCAUCUCAGGAAAUGAGAGAGGAUAUUUCUGCAUAGAUGGGGAAACAGGAGCUAUAGAUCUGAUGAAGCCCUUGGAUUAUGAGGAUACGAUCAUGUUCACUUUAACUGUCCAGGCCUCCAAUAGAGGAACAGAUAAUGUUGCUUUCUCCACAGUGUCUAUCAGUGUUCUGGAUGACAAUGAUCAUGCCCCCCAGUUCCUGUUCUCAAGUUUGAACUGUGUUGUCCCUGAAAAUCUGCCUAAUUUCUCUGUUAUGUGUACAGCACAUGCUUUGGAUUUUGAUACAGGUCCUUAUGGACACCUAACGUAUUCCAUUCAAUCAUCCUGUUUGAUAGAUCAUGGGAUCCCCCAUGACCUGUUUUUUAUUGAUCAUUUAACAGGGGAUAUCUAUGCCAAAAAAAUCCUAGACUAUGAAAGUGAAAAUAAACAUUGUUUCAUUGUUCAGGCAGAAGACAAAGGUGAGGCGAAAGCCACUUUGAUGGUCCAAGUGGAUGUUGAAGGAAUUGAUGAAUAUGAACCUAUUUUCACACAAGACCACUAUUUCUUUAGUCUUCCAGAGAGUCAUCAUGUGAGACAGGUUAUUGGCAAAGUAGAAGCAUCUGAUGCUGAUGCUGGUGUUGAUGGACUUGUGCUUUAUACCCUUGCAAAUCCAUCGAUAUUCUUUUCCAUUAAUAAAACUAGUGGACAUGUGUAUUGGAUUGGAGAGCCUCCCUUUAUGGGAAACAAUGUCAAGAAAGAUAACAUUAUUGAAAUGAAAAUAAUAGCACACAGUCCCAAGGUGGAUUCAAAGUCCUCUUCCUGCACCAUAUUUGUAAACAUGUCCUCUUCCUCUCAAGGAGGCCACUAUGCACUGUCUGCUAACAGCCUUUCAAUCAGCCUCACAGCCUCCAUUGUCAUAUUCCUGCUCUUGAUCAUCAGCUUUGUUGCCCUGAUUUUAAGAAAUAAACAAAAAGACAUGGCGAAUUCCUGUGGGGGGAAAAAUGUAUCCUCCUCAUCACCUAGUCAUUUGAGCCUGUCUAGUGAUCCCAGCAUCCUCAAGGACUCUCAGAAAGCUCCAGAUGUGGGUAAUGGCAUUCUACCCAUGGGUUCCAUGUCUGAGUGGUUGAAUUUAGUAGAUAUGAGAGAGAAGAAGGAUAUGGUGAAUCCAUGCAGGCAUUCAGACUCAAGUGGCCACUGCUCAGUGGAAGGAGAUACUGCUGAGGAUGAGGAAAUCAAGAGGAUCAAUGAAUACCCCUGCCGAAAGGGCUCUGGCUCAGUGCUGAGUGACCGUGGAUCUCGGGUGCCAGAUUCUGGAAUCCCCAGAGACUCUGACCAGCUGUCUUGCCUAUCUGGAGAAACAGAUGUAGUGAUCACCACUGAAACCUUAGAGAGCAGUUACACCCUUGAAAGUAUAGGAGAAAGGUGUGAUACUAUUUAUGCUCAAAACAAAGUACUAUCCCAGACACUCCACAAGAUUGAGAUGAAAGAGAAAACCCUCAUGGAAGAUACUAGAAGAGAUUAUAUCUUUAUUUCAAAUGAUCAGGACUCAAGGUAUGGAUCUCUUACAACUUUAGAAGCUUCCUCUAGGGAUCCAAGAAGCAGCUAUGACUGGGAUUACCUCCUCAACUGGGAGCCCCAGUUUCAGCCUCUUUCUUCUGUCUUCAAUGAUAUUGCAAAACUGAAAGAUGAACACUUGCAGGUUCCUGGCUUACCACAGGGGAAGAAAUCUUUUGUUUUCCCUCCACCUUUGAUCACAUCAGUAGCACAGCCUGGCAUAAAGGCAGUGCCCCCUCGAAUGCCAAGCCUCUCAACAGGUAAAGGAUUCAAGAAAUACCCGCGUUCUCCCCUUCACCAGCAUCUUCACUAUCCACCAGCAGCUAUGACCCCCAGUUUUUCUCCAUCUCUCUCCCUGCUAACCGUGCAAUCUCCUGCUAUGUCUCCCCUAUUGCCAGAUGCUGGGUUGUUAGGAACAUGCCUUGUUAGGACAGCCCAUGGACCCAGGGCAGAAGAAGAAGUCCGGCUGUGAAACCUUGGCAUUGAGCCCCAGGAUACCUAGAGUUGAGAAGGAGUAAAGAAAGCAAAACAAAAGAAAAAAUGACACAUUUACAAUCAAACUCCUCAGGGGCUGUUUUAUUCAUAACUGAGAGAAUGUGGUCUAUUUCAAACUGAAUUUGGGUGGCUCUCCUUUUUAUCCUCUAAACUCUCUCCCAGACUGAUUGAGAAACUGCCUGGUGCCUGACCCUUGUCUUAACCUGCCAUUACCCUUACCUUCUAAAUAAACAGCUCAUACUUUCUAUUUUGAGGUCUAAGAAGUUCAGACGUUCUAGUUCAGAAGACAAAAUGGUCUCAUGGAUAUGAAUGACCUGCAAAUAAUUUUUAAGUGCUCUAUGGUGCACUGUGAUCUCACUAAAAUACCUUUCUUCUUCAAAACACAUGAGGCAAGAACAUAUCAGAGUUGCUUUUGGUCAGAGUCACCAUAGAAAUGGUGCAUCUUGGGGAAAUGGACUAUCUCUGACAUCUUAUUUCACAUCAAGAUGAUUGGCACCUGAAGACCCACUUCUGGAUCUGCCUUCCCUUUCAACUCUCCAUUCCAGCUCACUCAAUUUUAGAGCCAAACAAUGACAGUAGAAAUGACAGGCACUAUCAUCUCUAGGGAGAAGAGUGGAAACAAAAAGAAUGGAAUUAGCCAUCAUUCUAUGCCAAAAAAGAAGAGUGUUUCCCAGUUGCUUUUGUCUGAUUAAACAAACCAAGCAUAUCUUUCUUGGUAGGGGUCCAAGAGUGAUGCUUUCCUAAACCACUGGGUUAAACCUCUCACAUGAUAAACUUCCUUGGACUUCUUUCCAAAGAGAUUAGAGUACAUUUUCUUUAUUCUUUUUCCUUUUCUUUUCUUGCUUCUUAUGACAGGACACAUGUAUAGAUGUGAAACUUUGAAGAUUAAUUUAUGGAAACUCAUUUUAUUUUCUCCUAGACACUGCAGUUACUUGUGGUAAACAGAGAACAAAUAAUUUAUGCACUGUGUUAACAGUGGCAAAUUAUGUAGAUAAAAACAAACUAGAGUGAUGGAAUUAGCUAUUCAUAUAAUUUCCUAGUUAGAAUGAUUUAAUGGUAUUUUUUAAAAUUAAGAUUUUUGUAUAAAUUUUUUCUACUAAAAGUUUAAAAUGAGCUACAAAAGCAUACUUUCUGUUUUCUCAUGGUAUAAUCUAAUUACCAUUUGCUUUGUUUGAACUUGCAUUCAGUGAUGCAAUCAAGUACUUUGGCUUUGUUUAGAUGGACUAUAGGCAUAGCAUAUGGUGUUGGAUUAUUGGCAUAUUCUGCCCUUUGAUUGUCUCAUUUUCAAUACUGUUUCACAGGAUCAAGCAGAGAACUUAGAAUUCCUUUAAAUGGAAGGGGAACUUCUUUAGAUCAAUUCCCUCAUUUUAUAUAUGUGAAAAGGGAGACCCAAGGAGAGCUAUAUGCAAUGAUUCUGGUGCCUAGGUAGGGCAACAAUAUGAAAACUACCUUCAAAUGAACUCACUGAGACAGAUUUAGUCAAUGAAGAGGGAGGCCUAAGACCAUGGGACACCAGGUUUUAUGGUGGGAGAAAAUCCAAGACAGUAUCCUAUGAGGAAAAGUCAUAAUACCUUGGGAUACCCCAAACCACUGCUGGGAAAGACAUUAUUGAAGGAAGUUGAAAGACAGUACUGAACCAGAGAAUAUCUCACCUGGGAUGUGACUUCCAGGAGUGUGAAGACAGAUUCUUUUGUAGCUUUCUAUUUGAAUUGAUUAUUCAUGAUGACUGGAUGCUAAGGUUGGUUCUUUCUGCUUGCUAAAAGAACAUAAAUACUAUCAGUACUCUGGGACAAAGUUCCAGUUGCCCCCACCUAGUUGCAAUUCAACCUCUAAAAGGGAAAUCACUUGCCCAAAGGCAACAGUACUAUUUGAUUCUAGAACUAGGAUUAAAAUCUGCACAAUUCCUGGUUCCUAGUCCAGAAUUUUUCCCUCUGUGCCACUUAGAUUUCUUUUGAUCUCUCACAGCCAGAAAUAAACACUAUUCUUCUGAGAGUAUCACCUCUCUAGCUUACUACUUUUCUGGGGUGAGCCUGUGGGGAAGAAGAAGUCUGUUGGACCACAUGGCAGUUCUUGGAAUCAUAAAAUAAACAUUUACAAGAGUCAUGAGGUGACUCCCUUCAAAGCUGACCCAUAGAAUUAGUCAUGUUUCUGUGUCUUAUUCUUUCACUGAUAUUUGUGGAAGCAGGAGUCUAUAGGCAAGGCUACAUAGAGAAAAUGAAUAUACUGUGAGUUCUGAUCUUUGUUCCACUAAAAUAGUUAUCUAUACCAUGUCCGUUUUCCUCCCCUACAAAAUGUUCCUCACAGCAAUCCUGAGAGAUAGGUGCUAUAUAUAUUUUUAUUCUCAUUUUAAAGAUGAGGAAAUGGGCUCAGGUAGAGAAAUAAAGUAAUAUUCAUAGUGACACAGCCAGUAAGGGUCAGAAGUAGUCUUGGAGCCCAAGCCUCAACCUCAUGACCUAUUCACAGUUAGUACUGUUGAAGGGACACUUAUUUCUGUCUACUAAAAAGCACUACUAAGAAUAUGAUGAUAAUUUGUAGGGGAGGAAAGAGUAAAUUUAUACAUUUUGACCAACAGCAUUAAUGUUCCAUGCAGAUAUUAGCAAAUUCAAUUAAGAGAAUGAAUCAUUUCAAAUAGUUUGGGGUGGAGAGGCAACUAGGUAGUUCAGUGGAUAGAACUCUAGACCCAGAGAUAGGAGGUUCUACAUUCAGAUCAGCUCUUAGACACUUUUACCUAUGUGACCCUGGACAAGCCACUUAGCCCUCCCCCACUCCCCACCCCAUUGCCUAACCCUUUCUGCUCUUCUGCCUUAAAACCAGUACUUAGUAUUGAUUCUAAGAUGGAAAAUAAGGGUUAAAAAAUCUGUGAAAGCCCAUCAUGAUUGACCUAACACUUCAUGUAAAGGAUGGAUUAGUGUCCUGAGUUGUCAACAUUUGAUGGAAUCACAAAAUAAAUGCUAUAGGUCAUCAAAAAUGGAGUUCUUAUGCUGAGGUCCAAGGAUGAGGUCCAAGAAAAUUUAUAUCUUUAUUUUCACUAAUCUCUAACUGAAAUUUAGCAUUUCCCUCAAUUAUGAAUUUUUUAAAAUCUUGAGAAGGUUGAUGCUUAGGAUUACUAGUGUGCCAAAGAGGAUCCUGGAUUAGACCUAGUCCAAGUAUAAAGUCCAAAUUCUGAUCCAAGAGGCAGUCAGACCUUCCUAAGUCAGGAUUGCUUUUCAAUCAUCCUUGACAUAAAAAGGUUUUUUCUAGGGAAGGAGAUUCUACCACCAUUCCCUGGCACAUUUACAGUAUCUAAUCUCCCAUUGAUUCCUUUCAAAGUUUUGCUGGAGCCUGCCAAAAGCAGGGUGGGGGUGGUGUUUCUUGUCUAAAUUCAUUAUUAUGGAAGUUCUCUUUGACCACAUACUCUACUUGUAGAAGGAAGCAUUGUUUGCCCUUUGUCAUGCUGAUAGUAUUAACAUUUCUUUUCCUCAUGUCUGUACAGUUGUUCUCAAAACUCAUCCACAAAUUGUAUGCUUGCUCAUCUAAGCGCUUUCUUUUGUGAUUUAUUACUCAUGCUGGAUAUGAGUCUGCAGGGUUUUUUUUUUUAAGAUAUUUUGUAAGAGUCUAAGAUGCUCGUCAUUUCGAGUCACUUGUUACCGAGUUCCAGUGGGGAUUUUUUUUUAAUUGAUAGCUUUCCUAAUGCCCUAUCAAAUACCAAGAGCCACACUGACCAACACAUUGCUGCUUCAAGUGUGGUUGAGGUUAAAAAUGUGAAUAUGUGAUUUAAGUGUCUGCAAUAAAUCAUGUGUCAGCCUUUUCAA